AUGCUGACAUUACCCAAAACACAAUGUGAUCCUAAGAAAACCGCUGGAGUAUGCAAAUGCCGACCGAUCUGCAAAAGCCGUCGCCGCGAAUGGAAGGGAGAGUUGCAGAAGACUUCUGGGGAACUCCUCAUCGAGAGGAAACCCGCACACGAGUGCUUCCGAAGAUGGCCGAUGAAAGUCCAGCCCAACGGUCCGUGCCCACUGCUGGGCCGCUCCCGGCACGUCACCGUGGUGCCGCGCGCUCACGUCCGGCCGCAGACCGUCGUCCGGAUCUGUCAGGGGCCCGUCGAAGAUACUGUGGACACGCCCUAUUUGAAACUUGCGCAAAUUAUUAAAAAUUUAGGUGCGAUGGACGCGGUGAAAUCGUGUUGCCCGUUCUGCGCUUGCACCGGAUGCUGCGUUUGUCGCGUGCAAGACUACGAGCCGGCCGACGAGACGCGCGACAAGAUGCGGCAGCGCGAUAUGCGCGUCUUCGACGAGCGCGUUAGUCGCGACUUUCAGACAAUGCGGAUUAUGUACUAA